GAGGCAAAGUAGGAGGUGAAUUUCUCAACGUGCAGUGAGAGGCUGUAGUAGGUCAGUGACAGUUGUGCGCGCCGGAUCGAAGCCUAUGCACAACGCAAAAAGAAACUGUGAUUAAUUUUUUAUCAGUGGUAUUUCUGAAUCAAUUGAAAAUGAAGCUGAAAUCAGAACUCAUGAUCCAACCUUCUGGGGAAGUGUGGAAGAAGAUUCGAGUGGAAUUGAAAGAAGACGUGAACACAAGAGACAGGGAUCUUGCGACAAUUAAGGAGUGGCUACGGAAACAGCCACAUUUACCUGAUACGUGGGAAGACAGUGCGCUGAUGACUUUCCUUCGAGGAAGUAGCUUUUCCUUGGAGAAAUGCAAAAGGAAACUUGAUAUGUACUUUACGAUGAGAGCCGCUUGCCCCGAGUUCUUCACCAACAGAGAUGCAUCGGUUCCAGAACUACGCGAUGUCCUGCGAUCUAAACUGCAGGGACCCCCAUUGCCAGGAGUUACUCCAAACGGCAGGCGCGUAACAAUAUGUCGAGGUUUGGACGCAUCGUUGACUCCCCAACAAGUGACAGAUUCUCUGAAACUCGCGUUAAUGGUGGGAGACGUGAGACUCAUGGAGGAGACCGAGGGAGUAGCUGGUGACAUCUAUGUUCUGGACGGUGCUGUGUUGGGACCCAGUCUACUAGCCAAACUGACUCCGUCUACUAUUAAGAAGUUUAUGAUUUGCGUUCAGGAGGCAUAUCCAGUGAAACUGAAACAGGUUCAUAUCAUAAAUACAUCCCCAUUGGUGGAGAGAUUCGUGAACUUCGUAAAACCAUUCCUGAAGGAGAAAAUAAGGAAGAGGAUUUUCAUCCACAAGGAAGUGAAGGAUCUGUACAACCAUAUACCACAGGAAAUGUUGCCAGUCGAAUACGGCGGCAGUUGUGAGAGUAUGAAUGCUUUACAAGAAAAAUGGUCUCAAAAGCUGAUCGAAUAUCGAGAAUGGUUCAAAUCUCAAGACGCGUUCAUCGCUAAUGAGAGCCUGCGGGUAGGCAGGCCUACAAAUUAUGAUGAGCUAUUUGGUAUUGAUGGCUCCUUCAGACAGUUAGCCAUAGAUUAAAGGAAACUUUUAUACUAGAUAAUGUUCAAGCCACGGACGAGUAAAAACAGAAGGACUGUGAUAUUAGCAAGUGAAGCACCGUUAUGCUAGUGUACAAUUUGUUCUCCAUUAAAUAAUCAUAUAUGGCCUUAAAUACUUAUAUAGUAUCGUUUGUACACUUUUUCACAACGCGCGACGGCAUUUCUAAAAUAUUUUAUUGAGGAGCAAACUGAUUUGUCAAAGACGAUGGCAAUUCUCAUAAUGGCCGCCUAUCGGCCUGUAGUAGUGUAAGUGUGUGCGUGGGGCUAUAUAUUUACAUGUUAAUCGGCUUGAUUCGGUGCUACACUGUUAUGUAAGGUGACACGGAGUCCUUGUUUUUUUACUUGCCUGUGGUUCAAGCUAGUAAUAUUUUUACAAUAAUAAUUAGAAUCUAUAUAUGAAUCUAGUUGUAAAUUCGAGAAUGGGGCUCUUUAAUUUCAAAUUUAUUGAUUUAUUUUAAUUGUCAUAGUUAUCUAAAUAAUAAUAAUAAUAUAGGUAAUAGAAAUGCUAGAAGUACUAAUUUCUUGCGGGGCGAUUUUCGCAAUGUCUUUUAUAUACCUACAUUACUAAGAAUCUCAUAGUUAAAAAAAGAUCGCCAUAUAUUUUAAAUAAAAAACAGCACUUAUCUAUAAUCUGUCUCAUGUCUCACACAUAAAUAUUAGUUCUAUACGAGGUGCCAAUCAGACAUAUUAUGUCAGCUAUAAAAACUACCUACCGUUGAGUGCCAAGCAGUCAUAAUAUGUCGGUAGCAGAUAUUUUUUCGUUAAAUAUACACAGAGUAAGACAAGCUACACGAUAUACUACAAGAAAGGUUAACUUUAAUCAAGAAUAUUGAAAAUUUUUUUAAUUUGUAUGAGAUGAUUAUCUUUGGCAAAAAUAAAUAAAAUUUACUCAAUUACAAUUCUAAAAAUAGCAUCUAUUUAAUUUUUGGGCUGUCGCGAAACGUUAAGAACAAUUUGUUAAUCCUUAAUAAACGUAUAAUUGUGAAAUUUGGAUACGCAUUCGUGCCUGUUAUAAGGCCUGAGGCAUUUUUCAUCCACGAGUUGACAUAUUUUUCUUCCAAUUUUGAAUAAAAACUUUAGAUCAUUCAUACGUCUAGAUAGACUACGACAGUUGUGAAAACGUCGAAAAAAAUUGUGAUUAGCACUAACCUCUAUUUAGAACAAUUCACGGACACUAACACAGUGUCAGCUCUAUUUUCAGCACACACACGCAAACACAAAGACGUUGGUGUUAUUCACACGAAAAAAAUAAGCCUGGCCUGUUGUUAUGCAUUACUUAAUAGCUAGACGCUCUAUCUAGACGUAUAAGCUAUCUAAGGUAAAAAUAAUAAAGUAAGUUUUGACAAUGAUUUUAAGAAAGAAUAAUUAUAGUAAAUAUAUAUAUAUAUAUAUAUAUAUAUAUAUAUUUUGAAGUAUUGUGAUAAAAAUUGGAAUAUUAGUUUAUAAGAUAAUUAAAUGUUUAUUCAAAAUCCUUUUUCAUUUUUUCCUCUGAGCUCAUGUAUAACAUAAAAGCAGUGUAUUUCGGUAUAUGAAGGUUUUAGUAUAUGUUUGUUGGUGAUUACUUAUCCGCAAUCUAUAUUUGUUUGUCUUAGAAAUACCUAUAUAUUCGUACUAUAAAUAAGUCAGUCAAUGACAUUUUAUUACUUAUGACAAUUGAUACAAUGAGCGGGUAACAUAAAUUAAGUACCUGCGGUAUUUAAUUGGAACGAAGUUCCUUACGGCAGGCUUGGAGGAGAUAGGGAUUUUGCUGCGGGCCCGAACUGAAAAAAAUGUGAUAGUAAAACCGUAAGAAUAAGUCCGUGGAAUAAAACCGUUAAAUGAGACAAGCGACAGUCGUUUCUAUUUCUAUGUAAUUUUAUGUUGUCAAACAAAAAUAAAGAGACAUAUUUUGUUAUUUUAAUUGAUAA